CAGACCUGCAACUCGUUAGACGGAAGUCAUCCGAGGUGAGGCUGCGGCCACCACAGCCGAUCUAGGAGCGGUCAGCUCCAGUUGGCGGUCAGUAUGGCAGAGCGAGCGGCGCUGGAAGAACUGGUGCGACUUCAGGGAGAGCGUGUGCGGGGCCUCAAGCAGCAGAAGGCCAGCGCCGAGCAGGUGCGACCGAGGCGGCAGGGGAGGGGCCAAAGCAAGGCCGAGGAGGACAGAGCUGGGGUGGUCUGCACAGAGAUCGAGGAGGAGGUGGCAAAACUACUGAAACUGAAGGCACAGCUGGGCCCUGAUGAAGGGAAACAGAAAUUCGUACUCAAAACCCCCAAGGGCACAAGAGACUACAGUCCCCGGCAGAUGGCAGUUCGGGAGAAGGUGUUUGAAGUAAUCAUCAGCUGCUUCAAGCGCCAUGGUGCAGAAGUGAUUGACACACCUGUGUUUGAACUAAAGGAAACACUGACUGGAAAGUAUGGGGAAGACUCUAAGCUUAUCUAUGACCUGAAGGACCAGGGUGGGGAGCUGCUGUCCCUUCGCUACGACCUCACUGUUCCUUUUGCUCGAUAUUUGGCAAUGAAUAAACUGACCAACAUUAAACGCUACCACAUAGCAAAAGUAUACCGGCGGGAUAACCCAGCCAUGACACGAGGCCGAUACCGGGAAUUCUACCAGUGUGAUUUUGACAUUGCCGGGCAGUUUGACCCCAUGAUUCCUGAUGCUGAGUGCCUGAAGAUCAUGUGUGAGAUCCUGAGUUCACUUCAGAUAGGCGACUUCCUGGUCAAGGUGAAUGAUCGGCGCAUCCUGGACGGGAUGUUUGCCAUCUGUGGUGUUCCUGACAGCAAGUUCCGCACCAUCUGCUCCUCAGUGGACAAGCUGGACAAGGUGUCCUGGGAGGAAGUAAAGAAUGAGAUGGUAGGAGAGAAGGGUCUCACACCUGAGGUUGCUGACCGCAUUGGGGACUACGUCCAGCAGCAUGGUGGGGUAUCUCUAGUGAAACAGCUGCUCCAGGAUCCUAAACUGUCCCAAAACAAGCAGGCCUUGGAGGGUCUGGGAGACCUGAAGCUGCUGUUUGAGUAUCUGACCCUGUUUGGCAUUGCUGACAAGAUAUCGUUCGACCUGAGCCUUGCUCGAGGGCUGGACUACUAUACUGGGGUGAUCUAUGAGGCCGUGCUGCUGCAGUCCCCAGCCCAGGCAGGGGAAGAACCCCUGGGCGUGGGCAGUGUGGCCGCUGGAGGGCGCUAUGAUGGGCUUGUGGGCAUGUUUGACCCCAAAGGGCGCAAGGUGCCAUGCGUGGGGCUCAGCAUUGGGGUAGAGCGGAUCUUCUCCAUCGUGGAGCAGAGGCUGGAGGCAUUGGAGGAGAAGGUACGGACCACAGAGACACAGGUGCUUGUAGCAUCCGCACAGAAGAAGCUGCUGGAGGAGAGACUGAAGCUGGUCUCCGAGCUCUGGGAUGCCGGGAUCAAGGCAGAGCUGCUCUACAAGAAGAACCCCAAGUUACUGAACCAACUGCAGUACUGUGAGGAGACAGGCAUCCCACUGGUGGCCAUCAUCGGUGAGCAAGAGCUCAAGGAUGGGGUCAUCAAGCUCCGCUCAGUGGCCAGCAGGGAAGAGGUGGACAUCCGAAGAGAAGACCUUGUGGAGGAAAUCAAAAGGAGAACAAACCAGCCCAUUUGCAUCUGCUGAGUUGAGCAGAGGACCAGAGGAAAGUGGGACUGGCAUUAUUUAAGGCUAAGACAAAACUCUGCAUAUGUACUUCAACAGCUUUGCACACUUCUGUUCCAGCAGGAAGACCUAAAGUGGUCGGAACAGAGACUUUUUAAUUUUUAUUAUGAUUAUUUUAUUGGUAAUCACAGGCAAAAAUGGCCAGGUACUACACCAUUUUCCACAUGAGGCCCUGGGGGCUUAGUUGCCUGUGUUCCUGAGCUACACGGACCAGUCCGAGAUGGUGUCCUCUGCAGGGCCCUACACCAGAAGGAAGGAACGUUCCCCACCACCAGCUGCCAAAGGUCCAAUAAAAUGCCUCAACCACUGGA